CUUUGUGAAAAAGGGAUUUAAUCUCGAUUCUACAUUUCAAAACGGGAAAUAUUUUUAGAAGAUGGAGGAACUUUUGAAAAAUGAAACGGUCAAGAAAAAAAUUAAGGGGCUUUCCAUUGAAAUACGGAAAGCCUUCAUCGAAUCUCUACUCGAUUUAUUUGAGCAAGAAACGGAAGACAUGAUAGACGCCAUUGAAGAAAGCCGGAUGGAACUUCGGGGAACUAUGCUGGAUUUUGAAGACGAGACCGAGCAAUUAAGGGCAGAGUCUCGAAUGCUUGAACAACGACGAAUUGAAUACGAGAAGCAAGCGGUCGAUAAGUAUCUGGAAAAGAAAGGACGAAAAAGUCAAGGUUCCAGAGCAUCCUCUAGAAUUUCAAUCGUUAACGAAAGAGAUGAUGCUAGAAGUCGAGCAGCUGUGGUGGAUUAUAUCCGGAAAAAGAAAGACAGGACCGGAAGUUCUCUCAGUGUUCAUAGUAACCCAAGCAUUCAUUCCCCUAACAAUGAACGUCCUGUUAGCGUUAUCAGCUCUAGAAGUUUACCCACACCAGUCAUGUCACAGAAAACCAUCGAAGAGGAGACUGACUUGAUAAUGAAGAACAUGGCUGCCGCGGACCAUCAGAUGGAGUAUCAGAGACACCGUCACGCUGAGAUGUUAGAAAAGAGAAGGCAAGAAAGGGCUGUCAAAAAGAAGACCACAGAAGAGAAAGCCUUAGAAUUACUGGAAAAGGCCCUACUAGUGGACAAGCAGCUGGCAGCCAAGAAAGAAAUUCAGAACCGGAAGCUACAGGAACGUUUGGACGAAAUGAAAAGGAAGAAAGAACGAGAUGCUGCCACUUCACGUGCUACAUCAAGAGCAGACGACUUGGGUCAUACGAACGAAGCUUUUGAAGACCUUGAAAAAUACUAAUUUAAUCAAAAAUGAUACCGGCAAAGUGUUCAGUCCGGCAAAAUUCAACAAUUAUUAUCACAAAUUCUGAACUGUUUGGGAUUUGUCUGAUAGGUCCCAACAUAACAGAGUUACCUCAAAAAUUGACUAAACAGUUUAUGAUCGACUGUGAUAAAGAAAUAAGAAAAUUUGCAAAUCUACAUGUGAUUUUUUUUAAUACAUGUAAUAUGUUUUAAGAUGCAAUUAGUAGAAAUAGUAUAUUUUCCUAUGACUGAUUGCAAUAUUUUCUUUUUAAAAUGGAAAAUAUUCGAGACAUAAACAUCAUUUCU